AUGCCGAGCUCAUCGUCCCCCAUAGAGAUCGCCACGAGCCGGAACUCGUCGAGUUCACCGCGCAACCCGACCUCGAAUCUCACCUCGCAGCUGCAGCAGGAGCAGACGAAUCGCAACACACAUACGAAUGGCACACCCGACGUGAAAGGCCGUCAAGAAUCGACGGCGGGCAUGCUCGGAACUACACCUUACGGGGGACGCGGCGUGCCGAUGCCUGCAAAUGGGCGCCGGGAAAGCUAUCAAGUCUCUGGCAGCCUCAUGGGCGGCAUGAGCUGGGGUGGCAUCUCAAUGGGAAGCUUCAUCCGAGACGACAUACUCAUGGCCGGCACUUCACCCUACCAUGGAAUGCAGUCACCUUCAUUCCACUCUUCGUCGUACCUGCCAAAGAUGGAGGCUAAUUACAUGAGGGACUAUGUGUGCUGUGACAUUCAUCUCGACUCGAUGCACGAACUCCUGCAACAUUACGAGGAAGCACAUGCUGCACAACCGACACAGACCAUGGGACGGACACCGAAAGAUCAACAAUAUCCGAGUCGAGCUGCUAACCCGAUAAGCACGGCACAAGCAGUCCAGCAGCAGGCACAAACGAACCAGCCCAAUAUGCCACCACAGUACCACAUGCCGCACCUCCAGAAUCCGCCACAACAGGCUCCGUCACCUCUGUUCAGCGGGCAGAGUUCAGAUCAGAUUGGCCACUUCGAUAGCCUCGACGAUAUGGAUAUGGACAUGAAUGAAGGUACCCCAGGACCCCAGCCUCAAGGCUCGCAGUUUCAACCACAGCCACAAUUUGGUCGCCAGCAGCCUCGAGGGCCAUCCGUCAACGUCAAUCUUGCCAAUGCGUUCCAAGGUCAGGGCCUGAAUUCGGCGACACCAACCACGCCACACGCGACCCAACCAAAUCUGAGCUACCCAAAUAACCCCACAGUCUCGUCCGUCAAUACCCCGUCAUUGACAACGCAGACUGCAUCGCAACAGACCGCUACUCCAGAUCCCUCACAGCCGAGUACGCCUGCAGAGCUAGACCCAGAUUUUCUGGCUCAAAUGGGUAACCUCAAUUCGGCAGACUACAACCAGCUAAUGCAGGGCAAUUUCGACUUCAACAAUUUCAACAACUUGAGCAACUUGAACAAUGGUGGGUCCGCGACAAUUGACAAUCCUGAGAAGCGGUUGCUGAGCAAACAAGGCUAUGGCAACAAGGGUUUCCAGAACCCAGCCUUCACGAAUGCGCAAAAUACAGCUAUCAACAAGGUCCGAGAGAACCAGCUUCUUAAUGGUCUGGCUGGUGUGGGUGGGUUUGUUGGCGAAGAGAUCAAGCCAUUCAAGUGCCCUGUCAUUGGGUGCGAGAAGGCCUACAAGAACCAGAACGGACUGAAAUACCACAAGCAACAUGGACACCAAAACCAACAGCUCAAGGAGAAUCCCGACGGCACUUUCUCGAUCGUUGACCCAGCCACAAGUAUACCAUAUCCAGGCACCGUCGGUAUGGAGAAAGAGAAGCCAUAUCGAUGCGAAGUCUGUGGCAAACGCUACAAGAACCUGAACGGUCUGAAGUACCACCGCCAACACAGCCCACCCUGCAACCCUGAACUUCGAACCAACAUUUCCAACGUACCUGGCCUGCCGAACAAUCUGCAAAACUUGAACGCCAAUGUCGCCGGUGCAGGUUUAGUGGGUAUCAACGAGAGCAUGGGCUAUUGA